AUGUGGCACGACGAGACCGAUCUUGAUUGUGCCCCCCGGGUGCUCCUAGCCUGGCCAGACCCAGCUUGCUCCGGACUCCGACCAAAAUGCUACCGCUGUUCUCAGACCAACAUCGAGUGCAUAUGGGACACGGAACCCGACACGACGCGAAUCGUCUCGAUACGCAAGCGCAAGGAAGAACUCGAACGCGAAAACGAGGACCUGCACGAGCUCCUACGCUUCCUCUACUUGCGACCGGACGAGGAAGCCAGGGAGAUCUUCAGGAGACUUCGAGCGUCGGGUAAUGCGCUGGAGGUCCUUAACGCCGUGCGGACUGCCGAUUUGCUUCUACAGAGACGACAAGUGGGUGAGGGCGCUGACCUAGUCGACCCCAAGCUGAGAAGUGCAGAAAAUGAGGAUUCGCAUACGAGGCUUCUGGUAGUCCCCGCACGACCAUGGACAACUCUGGCGAACGAUGAUGUUGUCUCUGACCUGAUCACUAGUUUCUUCUUGUUGGAUGCGACUUUCUUUCUCGCAUUCGUGGAACAAGAAGCAUUCCUCGAGGAUAUGCGAUCAUGUUCACCGGAGACAGCUCGAUACUGCUCUCCAGUCCUCGUAAAUGCGAUAUGCGCCUUGAGAAGCGUACGUUCUGGCGCUUCAGUUCAAUCUAUCAAGAAAAUCCCUAGUGGCAGCGUGUUCUAA